AUGGACCCUUCGGCUUUCUCCUAUGGAUCCGCACAGCCAAGUCUCCCGACCCCUGCUCCUCCUCCCAACGCGCUGCCCAUGGCCUAUCGAGACUCUUUCACUUCACUGCACAGCACUACACAACACGACCUCAAAGGCGGGCAAUAUGCAGGAGCCUCGAUGGUACAAGACGAAUACCCCAUUGCUCAAGAGUGGAGAAGCAUGAAGCAGUUUCCUGCAAGCCACCCACUCGUCGACCUCAAGGACACUGCUGACCAAUAUCCCCCGGGGUCAUGGCAGUCCUCUACAUGGCCUGAAGCCGAAGAUCCUCUUCUAAUGCGUGUCCCACAUGUAAUGAGCUCAAAUCAACUCGUGAGUAGAUCGACUGGAGCAGGAGCAGGAGCAGGAGCAGGAGCAGGAGCAGGUCUACAGCAGCUGGAGCGGGCCAUGAAGUUGCUCAAGACUUCCGUUCACUCCAGUUCGAUCUUGCGGCAUAGCGAGAUCCCGAGGACCACAGCGUACCCAGGCGGAGAGGAGAGCCUUUCAGGGAGCAUGAAACAGCGAUCGGUGUUGAGCGGGCAGGAAGACUUGCAUACAGCUCUGCACAAGAUUGAGGUCGAGCUGCGAGAUUGUUCCAAGAGUAUGCUGGACUUCUGCGUUGAGACUGAGACUGAUAUGCACAUGCUCGUUGCUAUAAAACGGCACAACGAAGAGCUGUCUGUUGAAGUGGAAACUUUGAAGCAUGAAAACGGAAGGAUACUGCAGGAGAAUGAAAGGCUGAAGCAAAAUGAGAUUGCACAGAACAAUCUCAGAAGACAGGAGGUUCAAGACUUGAGGAGGAAAAUCGCGGAGUUGGAAGAUGUGAAAGGAGGAACAAACAUUCCAAAGGCCAUUGAAAUUCUCCACUCUGAGCUCGGUGCCAUGCAAAAGAACGCCAAGCUGGAGGACGAGGUCGGGAUGCUCAGAGCACAGCUGCAGUCGGCUAACGAGCAGAUGAGGAGCUGGAAAGAGAUUGCGGAGGAGGAAAUGAAGGCACAUGCUCAGAUCAUACAAGACAAGAACGACCUGGAGGCUGAACUUCGAAUGAUCCGUGACUACUGCACGAAAGUUUGGGCCGACAGAAGUUGGCUCGGAUCUACUCUAACGAGGAUCAACAAGCAGCUCAAGGAAGGAAAGAUGCAGCGAGUAAGAGACGACAUCAAGGACUUUGCAAGCAAACUUUCAGCGAAUGCCAUGAAGGCAGAUUUCCUCUCUUCUCCUCUACCGUGGCAGCAAUUUCUAAAGAAGCUGGAAGCUGCAACGGAAGAUGCUGAGUUUGCACAAGCCCUACAGUUUCUCUUCUCUUUCGUGCGACAAGACUACCUCAUAAAGCAGCCAAGAAAUCAGCAGCAACCAGAGUUCGAGGACAACAUUUCUGCUGCUCCUCAAGUUGAGGUCGUGCCACACGACCUUUCCUCUCCUCAUGUCAAUCUUGAUAGGACGGGAUGCGGCGGAGCGAUCAUCAGCUUUACCCACUUCCUCCUGUGA